AUGGCGUCAACUUCGGUCUUGCAAAAUGUUCUCGACGGGAACAUCCAUAAAACCAUUCCAGCUUCAACAUACGAUGACAAGUUAGCUGCAACUUACCAAAACAUCCCAGUCCCUCAAAAGGCAACAACUUUUAACCCCGAUGUCCAUUUGAAUUACUUUGCUUCGCCACAAGCCAAGGAAAAAUACCACAGCACGAAAAGAAUCACUCUCAAGGAGUUGGGCCACGAUGAUAAGCCAGGCAGCAUCAGCCCCAUUGGAGUCAGCGAUCCGUUCCCGCUUUUCACCCAGGAGGCCGUUGACAUUAUGAGGUCGGAGGUUUUGCAACGGGACACUUUUUUGAAAUAUGCACGUUAUUGCUUCAACUCCACCAGUGGAAUGGAUUGCACUUUGCGUGGCUACGUCAAGAGCAACGAAGAUGGCAUUGUGUGCCCCUUCACUUAUGCCGCGUGGACCCACCCCAAGACCAUGGCGUUGGUUUCGCAAAUGGCGGGCAUCGAGUUGGAGAUUAUCAUGGAUUACGAAAUUGCCCAUACCAACAUCUCACUCAAGAGCGAAGAUGAAGCGUUUGAAGAGAAGCUCAAGCAUCAACGCAGCUUGCUUGAUUCCAAGACUGGCAGGUCCAUGUCUCUGGAUGGUAAAGAUAUCCCCGCUGUUGUCGGAUGGCAUAACGACUCGUACCCCUUUGUAUGUGUCUUGAUGUUGAGCGACACCACCAACAUGAUUGGCGGCGAGACCAUGUUCCGUAUGGGCAAGACAAAGUCCACCGACACCGACGAGGACACCUUUGGCAAUGUUGCCAUUGUGCCUGGUCCAACUCAAGGCUCAGCUUGCGUGUUGCAAGGUCGAUUGAUUGAACACUUGGCUCCUAGUCCCCAGGGCGUCAGUGAGCGUAUCACCAUGGUUACCAGCUACAGAGCUCGCAACCCAAAGUUGGCUGACACUUCAAUUUUGAGCACUGCAAAACCUGAAGUCAACUAUGGUUCGAGAUAUAACGAGUUUUACGGACAAUGGGUUGGAUACCGCGUGGAGUUGAUGAAGGAGAAGUUGGACUUGGUAAAGAAGGAGUGUCGCGGCGAAGGUGACAAGGGCAGAUUCAACAAAGAAGAAACUAUCAAGACCUUAAAGGACAUUGAAGAGUAUUUGGCCAAGACUUAUAAAGAGAUGGAGUUGACCGAGGAGGAAGUUGCCAAGAUGUAUAAGAAGGACUUGGUUUAG